AUGCAGAAGCCUGGACGAGUUUAUGAACCCUAUGGACAAUCGAUGGGAGCACACUCAUCUUUCCACCCGGACUAUGCCAGUAACGCGUGCCUGUCCACUUCAUCAAAACCGACUACAGGAAAAUCCUUUACAAUCGAUGCACUGCUGGCAAGGCCUGACCAUACGGAGAGAGACAGGACAAGUCUCCAUCGGAACAUAAUUAAUCAACCACCAGUCUCGAGCACUGCGGUCCCAUUUGCGGCACAAAUGUUCUCGCAAAUUCCACACUUUGCAUAUAACCAGGGUAUUAUGCAUACUCAGCCUGGGUAUCCCGUCUUCUGCUACCCGCCUUACAACUACCAGACAACAUGUCGUGGAGCUGUGUACGCACAAGAUGCAGUACUGGCAAAAGCAGGAGUCCACUCUCACUAUAAACACAAAGCAGGAAAAUCCAAAAGAAUGCGCACAAGUUUUACUAACGAACAGCUGUCCAGAUUGGAGAAAGAAUUUGCGCGCCAGCAGUAUAUGGUUGGUUCUGAGCGUUUCCUCUUGGCCUCUGCUCUCCAGCUCACCGAAGCACAGGUCAAAGUUUGGUUCCAGAACAGACGCAUAAAGUGGAGAAAACAGAGUCUUGAGCAGCAGCAAGCCAAACUAGCCAAACUUGGACUGGCUGUGCAGCCCAAAAGCCCCGGAUCUCAGGGCAGAGAGGACGAGGAGAGAGAUUUCACAGAAGAGUCUGAUGUCGACAUUGACAUCGACGAUUCACUUCGAGACUAA